UUUUUUUUGAGUCGCGUGAUUAUGACGUUCAUGGUAAAGUUGAACAGAGAACGAGGCAGUUGCUGCAGAAAUGUCAUUGCUCAGGUGCCUCGGUGGAAUAAACAGAAUAUAUAAUGGUGUUAGCGUGGUUCCAGCAGUGGACCGUCUCUUUACAGGUUGUCCAAGAGCAGCUAGCGGAGCAGCGACAGACAAGGAGAUGACGCAGAAAGCUAAGACUCCACAGGGACGUUUGGACCUCCCAGAGAAGAAGAAUGAUGUCCUGGAGGUGUUCCCUGAUGACGUGAACCCAGAAACCAAAGAGAGAGGGGGGCCCCGGGGGCCAGAACCCACACGUUAUGGAGACUGGGAGAGAAAGGGCCGCUGUGUGGACUUCUAAGAAAAAAACAUUUCAUUUAUUAAAUAUUUAAUUAUUUGGGUGGAAAAUAAAGUUAUAAGGAGGUUAGUACACAAUAUAUCUUAAGAAAAUAAGUGGAAUAACUGUAUCUAUAUCAAUGUAUAUACAUAUCUUUAUAUAUAUAUACAGUAUAUACAGUUAUGUAUAUAUUAUGGCAUGCCGUUCAGGAAGUUAAUCCUUGAAUAUAUAUACAGAAAGUCUGAAUAUAUAUAUAAUAAGACUGUAUUGUGACUGACUGUAAUAAUACUAAGUCUGUAUACUGUAUAUACCAAAAAUCGAACCCCUUUUGACCACAACAGCCCCUGCAUAUGUCAUGGUUAUAUUUGUAAUCCAAGUAUUACAAAAGAAAACAGUGAGUGCUGUGAAAAUGUAAUAAAUAUGUUAAAUUGAAUAAGAACUGAUUACAUGUCAUAAAAUGGUUAACAAUCUAAGCUCCUUGUUGUGAGGGAUACAGAGUAACGUAUAAGGGUAAAUAAAAAAUAUAUUAUAAUUCGUUAUAAAUACUUGUUUGGAAAUAUAUUAUUUCUAAAUGUUAUUAUUUGAUAACGCUGUCCAUUGUGCUGACGAUCAUUACUUACGUCUUCCAGAAAGGAAAAGAGCAACAGUAAUGCAAA